CCUUGUGUUAGGAACUAUGGCUUAAUAAAUAACAUCUUAUAAAUACAUGGUAUCGCCAGAGGCUAUAUUUCAAUGCAACGGCCUUUGACCUUUAUUAAAACUAUUGCCUGUUGUCCGCAUGAUGGCUGCACAAGUCUCAGAGGCUCCAGUAGGACAUGAUAUUGUAUUACGAAAAGAGAAGGACUUGUUGUGAGACACUGUGCAUGUGCCUAAAACCCUGAUUCCUCUCCUCCAUGGCUGCCUCUGGCCCCUCCACCUCUGUGCCUGAAGGGCUUCACUAUGAGACCAAAUAUGUCCUCCUCAGUUACCUUGGCCUGCCUCCACCCCCUCAACUGCAGCCUUCACACACCACCUCCACCCAAGCAGGAGAUGGCCUGUCUGCACAAGAGAGAGAGAAAGAGAGGAGUAACCAGAUGAAAAAACAGAUUGAGGAGGAGUUAAGGCUGUUGGAGGAGGAGAUUGCAGCGUCUUUCUCCAGGACGGGCUUUGAUUGUCACACGUCUCCUGUGUUCAGCCCAGCUAAUCCAGAGAGCUCUAUAGAGGACUGCCUGGCGAACCUUGGGGACCGGGUGGCUCUGGACCUAGAUGUACACUUGGCCUCGGCCGUACACACACUCCUCAGUGGCCCUUUGGACUAUGAGCGUUUCAGAGCAGCAGUACAGGAAGUGUGUUCUCACUCUCAGGGAGCCUGGAACAAGGUGCUGGUGCCCUUAGUAGUGUUACAGGCUCUGCAGGUCAGGGGGCAGUCUCUGAGCUCUCUGUUGGCUCUGGGCGUGCGUUACCUCGAGGAAGAGGAGGCAGAGUUCAUAAUCCAGCAAGGUGGAUGGGGCACUGUGUUUGGCGUAGAAGAAGCCGGAGACCCCGGAGUCAUCAUCGCCGAGGACAGUAACGACAUCUACAUCCUGUCGGGGGAGCAGGCGCCCGAUCAGCUGAGCCCCCCAGCAUCGCUGCUGACUGUAGGAGACAGCAGUGGGCCAGGCUCCUGGCAGACAGAGAGCUUACCUGUGUCUCUGACUGGGCACGAGUCUUGGGCUCAGGUUGGCAUGAUGGAUCCUGAGGACGCCAAGAGUCUGGACAGCACCGAGGGUGUGGCCCUGGCCGAGGAGCGCAGCGAAAACAACUCCUCCAACUCUGACAUCGUCCACGUGGAACGAGAAGAGGCAGAGCUUCUGGAAGAGGGCGGGGAGACCACAGAAGAAGCGGAGCUGCAGGAGAGCGUCCUCAGCGUGCUGGGAACCGAGAGCGAGCUGGCUGCUCUCAGGGCAGAGCUCAGAGAGGAGACUACGCCCCUUCCAGAACCGGUCACAGAAGCAGCAAAGCCACCCAUAGAGUCAGCGGAGCAGGUUCUUGUUAUGGAGACACCAGCUAGCCUAUCAUCUGAGCCAUCAAUGGUCAUCAUUGAACCAGAGCCCUCAAUUGAUCCUGCUACUACUGCUGGCCCCCCAGCAUCUGAGCCCCCAGCUGCUAAGCCAGACCCUGUCCCAGCUCCCGUUCUGGCUCCCGUGGAACCUUCAUCCCCCGUGAAGGAGGUUCCUCCUGCUCUUGCCCCAGAACCUGAACCAGAACUCCAGCCUGAAGCCCAACCUGAGCCUGUCUCAGUACCGUCAUUGCAGGAAAUCCCAACAGAGGAACCGAAGCCAGAGAUUGUGCCGGAGGUCCCACCUCCAGUCCAGGAGGUUCCUGUUUCUCCUCUGGCUGAGGCGCCCCACACAGAGCCUGUCCCAGAACCUGCCCCAGAGUCCUCCGAGCUCCCAGUUCUGCUUUACGGUGGUGCUGCUCUGAUAGCCAUUGCUGCAGUGGUGGCUUAUGGAGCUCUGGCUUACAGAAAGAAGUAGGAGGAAGUAAAGCUACGCUUCUGAGCCUGUGACCUCACCAAACCAGCGGCUCAUUGAUGGGAACCUGGGCCCUUGUGCUGCCACAAGCCACAUCCCCAUGGGAACUGUACCUCUUUAGCCAUUUGUUUUGUUUUUUGUUUUCUUUUGUCUGCUGUUGCUUUGUUGCAUAACACUGAUUCCAAUGUGGUGACUGGAAGGGAACAUUACUAAUGUGUGUCUAUUUUGUUUAUCCUUUCACUUUUUUUGUAGGUAUGGCUUUGUGCUGCACACACACAAUUUGUGGUAGUCUGAUAACUUGGCUGUAGUUGGGGUUCCUCUGAGUCUUUGAAUGAUCCCAGUGGGGGAACAGUUGGUCAGAUGGUUACAACGUUAGGUUCUGAACACUUCUGAAAACGUGUCGGUUAACACGGACAGUGAGAGCUCAGUACCCAUACUUAAUCCCUAACACAAAUCCAUUUUUAGUUAUAAACCUAGACACGAUUGAUGAGCAGGGUCCAGUUAUAGAGAAGCAAAACCUCUGUUCAACUCAGUUACCCUGUGGUUAAAAAAAAAUCCGCACCAUGUCAUGCAAAUGGCAUGUGGUGUUAUUUACCUGAUUUGUUUAUGAAAAAUUCCCCGUCAAAGAAGACACUGGUGUGCCCACAUGAGUGCUAGCAUAGGCCGGAAAUGGUGUGAACUAAAAUGAUUUUAGAAUGACUAAGUGCAAGUGUAAGAUAUGAUGGUAUUAGAGAACCUGUUAGGCCCAAUAGAUGGCUUUUUUCCUUUUAGUUUUCACUUGUUAUGCUGUAAUAAAACUGAUGGACAGGCCUCACCGUAUUAGAAAUGGAUUAGAUUUGCUUUCACUGGUGGACAAGUGACUGAACGAGCAUCUGUCUGUCGUUUGUAAGGAGCGAAUUGGUGAACUCUCUUGACCUCCUGGCUUGGUUUCGGUUUUGUUUGACAUCAUCUGAAUGUGUAAGCACUUCCCUCCUUGUUCUGCAGAACGAGCUAAGUCUGGUCAAAAACAAAUUUAAGAUGAAAGGAGAAGCUCUGCAAACACUGAAUAGUAGCAGACUCGUUUCAGUGUUGUUUCUUUUUCAUGACAUAGUCCAUACUUAAACAGACUGGCACAAAUCUCGCCCUUUCCGGUCUACCUCGUCAGAUUUCUGUUCCUCACAAUAUACAUCGACAACAGCAUAAUCAUACUGACAAUUGGUUUGUGUUGUGAAUUUCAUCAACUAAUUUUUUGUGUUAAACUGAGAUUUAUCAAUCUCUGUACAGAGCCCAGGCCGCUGUCUACAACGGGAGACGCUUUGGCUUCUUAUCUUGGAAUAUUUCUUUGGUUCAUCAAAGGAUUGUAACUGGUGAAUGUGUUUUAAAUCACUACAAAUAAUGUGAAGGCUUGAUGUUUUAGUGUCAGUCUUUGGUCUAGACGUGUUGUUUUCAUUCAAGCAGUGUGUGUGUUGAGGUAAUUAAGCGUACGAUUUGCGUGAGUGAUACUGUGACUGAGACACCAUUUCUUUGGGAAGCCAACAUCACCAUGACAACAGGGGUUGACACAUUUCUGUAAUCUGGGUGGAGUGGGUAAAAGUGACGUACUUACAAUCUCUCUGAGUUCAGGCUGGAUUGCUUUUAAUGCCUUUUAGGGUUGAAACAGAAGAGAUUUUUUUUUCCCUGCUUUACAUUUUCUGUCAUCGUUCUGUGUUCAGUUUCCAAAUUUAACAUGUAAAAAUGAAUCAACACACGUCACAUUGUACAGCAGAAUCCUGCCCUCAGUGCAGUAUGCUACAGCUAACCUGUGAAGAUGGUGAAUGAAAUUUACACCAGCAAGUAUCAGUGACCGUUAGGUUUAGAGCUGUGCUCUGCUUUAUGUUUCAGCUGCCAUUGUCAGAUCAAGAAAUCACAAUUUCGUUUUCUUUAUCUAAGAGGCGCCUUGCGGUCACCUGACUAUGAAAUAGUAUUGCUUAAAGCAAGCUAAUUUAAGAGACUUCCUUAUCUCGGCAGUCAAGAUUCACCUGCAGGCUACUGUGUCAUAUCUCCUCUCUACUGGUCCUGAGACCACACCUCUACACAGUUCCCUGCUUCCUGUGCCUCUCCUUUCAGACACUGGUCAUUAAUAAGGGAGUCCAAAUACAAGUCACUUUAAGACAUUCACAUCAGAAAGGAGUUUUUGUACCAGCUCUGUCAUAAACAAUCAGCA